AGUUGCUCAACGAGACACAAUGGUACCUCCUCUCAGUCAGUAUUGAAGAGACUACUUGAAAGUACAAUAUUUCUAUCAAAUUAUUAAUAUUUACAUAAUUUCAUAUUAUAUUCAUCAAAAAGGCUUUAUCAAAAAUAUUGAGAAUAAAUAAAAAUAUAAGAUUUAACUAUGAAUUUUAUCAAGUUCCUAUCGUUAAGUGUUAAGUUUUGGAAAAUUUGAUAGUGAAUUGCAUUAAUUUUCUGAUGAUCUGUCGAAACCUAAAGAGUUUGUGGUCCAAAUGAAACUUCUAAUCGAUCGUUUCUCCAAUGGAGGAUGGACAUUCUGACGUAUCGCAGAUCGUUUUUUACUUUAUAUCUCGAAAAAGAGGGUCAAUAGCUGAACUAGGAAAAGUAAUUUAUUCUUGGAUUGGAAAACGGUGACGUUUGGAGUUUAUAAAACUUCAGAGGUGAAAAGAAAACGCUUCUAUAUAGAUUUUCAACUGGGAGCGAUAUUAUUCAACAAAGGAAAAAAUCCAAGAGGAAGAAAAAAAAAAGAAAAACUAUGGAGUCAACGACAGAAGAUGAUGGGGAUUUGGAGGAUUUUUGGGAUAAUUUAAGAUUAGAGAAUCUCACGGAAGUCGAUUAUUUAAACAGGGUUCUUGGUCCAAAAAAUUUGCCAUUAAAUAUGGCAGUGCCAUUGACAGUGGCGUAUUUAAUAAUUUUUAUAACGGGAAUUUUUGGUAAUAUAACAACCUGUAUGGUAAUUAUUAAAAAUUCAUCAAUGCAGAAUGCCACCAAUUACUACCUCUUCAGUCUCGCCAUAUCCGACCUUAUUCUACUUGUUCUCGGACUUCCGAAUGAAAUAAGUGUCUUUUGGCAACAAUAUCCAUGGAUUUUCGGUCUCACCGUAUGCAAAAUAAGAGCUUACGUAUCCGAAAUGUCCUCUUACGGAUCUGUUUUGACAAUAGUGGCAUUUUCAAUGGAACGAUAUUUGGCGAUUUGUCAUCCCUUUCAUGUAAACGCAAUGAGCGGAUUAAAACGUCCAAUUAGUUUUAUCUUGGGUGCAUGGUCAAUUGCCAUGAUAUCAGCCAUUCCAUUUGCCAUUUAUACGAAACUCAAUUAUGUCGAAUAUCCCCCAAAAUCAGGAAAUAAAUCAAAAGAUUCGGCUAUUUGUGCAAUGCUUCUACCAGAUAUGCCUCAUUUUCCACUUUAUGAAAUGAGCUGCCUAGUAUUUUUUCUCAUUCCAAUGAUAAUAAUUUUUAUCUUAUACGUGAGAAUGGGUUUGAAGAUUUAUAAGAGUACUCGAAAUUCCCUCGGGCCUAUUUUCAACCAAAAUUCUAUUCACACUGAAUCGAAACAAUUUCAAUCGAGAAAAAGUAUCAUCAGAAUGUUGAGUGCUGUAGUGGUGUUAUUUUUUAUUUGUUGGGCACCAUUUCAUACACAGAGAUUAUUUUAUAUUUAUGGCGCGAAUGCUGAUUAUUAUCCAGAUUUAAAUGAAUUUUUAUAUAUAUUUAGUGGAUUUCUUUAUUAUAUUAGUACAACUAUCAAUCCAAUUUUAUACAAUCUUAUGAGUUCACGUUAUAGAAAAGCCUUCAAAGAAACACUUUGUUGUAAAGGGGAUAAUAAUAGAAGACAAGGACUUGUCAAUUUCUCCAAGAUAAAUGCUUCACGAUUGAAUUCUGAUCAAACGAAAAAUACAUCAAACAUUCGAUCAUCUUUCAGAUAUUCAAUUAAUCAGGCAAAAGAAAUGUUUCUCUCGAAUUUAGAUCAAGAAUCUGAUAAAAAUAAUGCUUACAAUGCUAAAGAAAAUUUAAAGAACAAUAAUUUAUUAUAUCCCGAUAAUCAUUCAACACGAGCGCUUCUCGAUAGAAGUCAUUCAUCAGUGAAAAUUCAAACAAGUAAUGAAAGUUCCGGAUCGAAAAAUCAAGUUAAGGAAUCUUUUUCAACUGCAAGCAGUCUUUUAUGAUAAAUAUAUUUUACGUGAAUUAUUAUUAUUAUUUUUUUUUUUAUAUUAUAUGUUCUUUUACGAAAAAAAAAAUUGUUUUACUGUA